AUGGAAAAUGUACAAGAGAAUUUGGAACCCUUAAAUGUGGAUGACUCUAAUAUCGUCGCUUUGAAUGUUCCUAAUGUUGAAACUAAUUCAACUCCAACACAAAUUAAAAAUACAACUCCGUGUGAAUCUCAAGCUGAGACACAAGUCACGCAACAUACUCAAAAAAGAAAGCUAACUUCAGAUGUUUGGCUUUAUUUCCAAAGGAAAUGGAGUGUAGAAGAUGGGAAAAUGAAGGCCAUUUGCAACCGGUGUGGUACAAAACUCUCGGGUGAUCCAGGACAAGGAACAUCACACCCGCGUAAUCAUUGGAAGACUUGUGCACUUCGAAAUACUCGAGAUAUAAGACAAGCUAUUAUCAAAACUGAACAAGUUGACAAUCAAACAGUAAUGGUUGGUUCUUAUUCAUUUAAUCAAGACAUAGCAAGACGUUCGGCUGUAAGGAUGAUAAUUCUUCAUGAGUAUCCUCUAGCGAUGGUUGACCACAUUGGUUUUAAAGAUUUUUGUGUUGUUAUGCAACCUUUAUUUAAUGUGGUUUCUCGUAACACUAUUAAGGCUGACAUCAUGAAACUCUAUAAGGAGGAGAAAGAGAAUACAAUGAAGUUCAUUUAUGUGUCGACUCCUCAUAAUAGAAAAACUCUGGCUGAUACCUUGCUUGAAUACUUGAUGGAUUGGAAUUUAGAUAGAAAGUUGUCUACAUUGACUCUUGAUAAUUGCUCUACUAAUGAUGCUAUGAUUGAACGCAUUUUGAACAAGAUUUCACCUAGGUCACUCAUAUUGGGAGGUCAAUUAUUUCACAUGUGUUGUUGUGCACACAUUCUGAAUUUAAUUGUGAAAGAGGGUAUGUCCUUAAUCUCCGGUGCCAUUGAUAAUAUUAGAGAUAGUGUUGGAUAUUGGACAGCAACACCGAAAAGAGAGGAGAAGUUUAUAGAGACAUGUGGUCAAGCAGCACGAGAUACUCAAUAUAAAACCUUGCCUAGUGAAAUUGAAUGGAUGAAGGCAAAAGAAAUUUGUGAAAGGUUGGAAGUUUUUUAUGAUGUUACAAACUUAUUUUCUGGUACCGAGUAUCCAACUGCAAAUGUUUAUUUUUCCAAAGUAUGUGAAAUGAAUUUGGCUUUGGUUGAAUGGUUUGGCUCUACUGAUAAGGUCAUUAAACAAAUGGCUUCAAGUAUGCUUUAUAAGUUUGACAAGUAUUGGAAGGAUGUUAAUGGAGUGAUGGCAGUUGGCACCUUGUUGUUGGAAAAAAAGAAGCCUGGAGAUACUCUAGAGGCUUUGAUGUUUGUCCAAGAUUGGCUAUGGACGGAUGUGAAAGGUUCUACAAAAUCAAAAGUUGAGAACAUUGAAAUAAAUUCAGUUUUGGAAGAUACAGAUGCUGAUAUUUUUGAGGAAAAAUUAUGA